CGGGAAAUAAAGUUUAGAGUCGGCCAGUGAAAUCUCUUCAGACAGCACUCAGACUGAGAUGUGAUCUAACGGGAAAAAAUGCCACGUUUUCAGAGAUCAACCUUCUUGUUGCUGUUAUCUUUGCAGUUUGUUUAUGCUUCCUGGUCGUCACUGUGUGAGACUCCUGAAGGGAAAUGUGACUUUGUGUGUGAUUGUUCUGACUGUGCCGAUGAGCAAAACUGUGGCUAUUCUGGGAAAACGUUUGAAUGUGACUUUGAGGAUGCGGGACUGUGUGGAUGGACCAUCGAACCCUCUGGAGGAGAAUACACAUGGGAGAGAGUUCAGAGUGGCGACCAUCUGCUGGACAGUGGACCAUCAUCUGACUACACCACUGGCACACCUACAGGUUGGUUCAUGUCAGUGAGUGCAGUGGGGACAGCUUUUCUUCAGAGGUCGAAUAUAAUCUCUCCGGAGAUAAAACACUCUUCACCAACCUGUCGUCUGCGUCUCAGAUACUUCCUGUGGGACUCAGGUCACACAGGUUUAGGAUCUACUCCUCUGUGGGCUUCUAUCCAUCAGCAGGGCUCUGAGGAGGCUAUCGUGUGGCGUCCUGAGGCCUCCAGUAUUCGUAGCUGGAGGGAAGCUGACAUUUUUCUGGGUCGCAUUUCCUCCCCUUUUCGGAUCCAUCUAUACACAGAGCGGUCAGAGGGACGGAAAGGCGAUGUAGCUUUAGACCAGCUGGAGUUUCUAGACUGUGCUCUGCCCUCGCCACCCCCUGGGAUCAACUGUUCUGCAGAGAUGGUGACCUGUCGUAGGGGGGGCUGCGUGGAGCAGCGGCAGGUCUGUGACGGCACUGAUGACUGUGGCGAUGGCACCGAUGAGGAGUCCUGUGAUGGUUACAACCGCUGUGACUUUGAGGAGGGUUUGUGUAAUUGGGAUCUGAGAUCAUUUUCUAAACUGAAAUGGAUCAGAACAAACCAAGAGAAUAUCUCAAGAACCGAUCCCCUGAAAGGCCCAGGCAGAGAUCACUCCAACUCAGCAUCAGGUCACUUCCUGUACGUCACUGUCCCUGAUAGUGGUCUCAAAAUGGACUGGGCUUCUUUUCAGAGUCCGCCUCUUCAACCAACAAAUAGCUCACAUCCUUGUAAGAUGGUCAUGUACACUCACCAGUUUGGGCCGAGGUCCGGCGGCUUGACGGUGCUGGUUGCUCAACGCCUACUUUACCCAGCCUGGGAAAGAGGCGGAGCUUUAGGGGAUCUAUGGGCAAAGGCAGAGGUGGAGAUCGUGUCGAACUCAACCUUCCAGAUUCUGAUAAUGGCCGCUAUCAGAGACUUUGCUUAUGGAGGCAUUGGUGUUGACAGCAUCGUGUUGUCUCCUGAAUGCCGCCGGUCAUCUGAGAACAACACUCUUGAAACCAUACCCAAACCUCCAAAGGAUCCGUGCAUUGAUGAUCCAGAGAAGAUGUGUGAUUUUAAUGCAGACUGUGCUGAAGCAGAAGAUGAAGCCAAAUGCGGAGAUUUCUCCUAUGUUGAGGGAAGCUCUGGCUGGACUGACGCUAGUGUUGGGAGUCAAGGCUGGGUGCUCCAUAAAAAUGCUACAGCUAAAGAAGAGUACCUGUAUGUAGCUGAGGCUUCAGGUCAGCAGCUGACCGAAGCCCAGACUCGGACGCCCCUCCUGGGCCCUACAGGUCCAGUCUGUUCUCUAAGCUUUGACUUCGCUCUCACCGGGAGUUUGGAUCACAUCGGUGAGCUUUCGCUCAGAGUGAUCGACAGCCUGCUGGGGCCGAGUCCUAAACUGUGGGAGUUCAGCGGAAAAACAGGAGCAGAGGAAAAGAAGGAGGAGGCCUGGCAACAAGCUAACAUUCUUAUUGGGCAUAGAAAACAUCGUUUCCAAUUGGCAUUUGAAGCCCGGGCUGUAAAAACUCAGCCGUAUGCAUGGAUCAAAGUGAGGAACGUUCAGUUCAUCAACUGCCACACUGACUAUUAUCCAGCUACACCAACAGGACUGUCCUGUAACUUUGAGGAAGGACUGUGCAGUUGGUAUCAGGACAACAGUGACAACUUUGACUGGUCUUUGGUUACUGGGAUGGAUCACACUAUUGGAAUAGGCAGCAGUCUUGUCGUGGACAUGUGGAGUCCAUCACUACUUGGAGCUUCUGGACGCUUGGUGUCAUUCCUACAGCCUCCAGCAUCAACAGAGAUGUGUCUGACCUUCUUCUACAAGCUCUAUGGGCCAGACGCAGGAGCUCUGAAUGUAAAGCUGAUGGACGGCCUUGGCUAUGAGGUUAUACUGUGGACCCGCAGUGGGGCUCAUGGCAAUGUGUGGCACGAAGCGCACUGCCCCAUACCGCAUCAACUCACAGACUUUCAGCUGAUGUUUGAGGCAGUUCGAUCCGGUUUCGACGGCCAGGUGGCCAUUGACGAUGUGACUUUCCUGGACGGCCCGUGUGCCAUGCCCAGAAAGUGCUCCUUUGAAGGACAGAUGUGUGGGUACAGCAGCUACGGCACAGUUAAGUGGCUUCAUCGAAACGGGCACAGCAGUACGGCCAGCGGACCCAAACUGGACCACACUCUGGGAACUGAGCUGGGUUAUUACAUGAUGGUCAACACCGACAGGGAUGUUCUUCCAGCCGGUAACACUGCUGUCCUCGUCUCUCCUGUCCGUUCAGGAACAACCAAAACCGAAUGUGUAACUUUCUGGUAUCAUAUGAAAGAAGAGAAUCCAGGCUACCUUAGGGUAUACAUGAAACCCGAGAAGGGGGAGAGAGUACAGAUCUUCUCAGCCAACCUGAAUCAGGGAGAUGAGUGGCGCCAUGGCCAAGGCAACAUCUCCAGCGGCCUUGUGGACUGGCAGUUGGAGUUUGAGGUGACCGGGUCAGGAGGCAAAAGUUCCCACGCUGCUGUUGAUGACAUCUCAGUGUUAGCUCAUCCAUGUGAAGAUUAUGGUGCUAUGUGCAGCAUGGAAAAUGGGAUGUGCAUUUGGAACAACAUUCAAGACAGUGAAAGGGACAAACUGGACUGGGAUUUGACCAGUCGGGAGACAGAAGAGCACUAUCCCGUCCCGCCUGAAGACCACACUCUGGGCACAGAGAGAGGUCAUUUCCUCUUUUUUCCCAGCAGCAACAGGACCGCAGCAAAUCAAAACACCUGGAUUCUCAGCCCCCACCUGCCUGCGACUCAGGCCACCUGUCUGAGGUUCUGGGCCUACAAACCCCACUCAUCUGACUGCCAGCUGAGAAUCUGGAGACUGUCUGGAGGUCUAACCAAUGAGCUGCUGAGAGUGACCAAACUCGGGGGACCUUGGAAACUUUUUGAAGUAAACAUCACAUCUGCUGAGGAGUACCAGAUUGUCUUUGAAGGGAUCAAAGGAACAGCCGGUUUUGUCGCUCUGGAUGACAUCGAGUACACCGUUGGCUUUGACUGCGCCACCCGAGUCACAAAACCGACCACAAAGCUGCCAGACAACACUGGUGGAAUUGCAGCCUCUGUGAUCGUGGUCCUGCUGCUGAUCGGCACGUUGGUGGCCCUGCUCGUCUUCUACCUGCGAACCAAUCAUGUUUCACCUGUCCCUACCGGCUUCAGUAAUGAAGGAUAUGAUUCAGAACCCACCGAGGAUCGUGUGACAAUUCCUCCAGUACAAAACCAUCCAAUGGCUGCAGGAUUCAACAACGUCUCUGUCCCUGAGGUCAGACAGAGGGAGGAGGAGUGACUUGGGGGGCGCACUGCCACCUAAAGGUGGUUUUCUGAAAUAUAGGUGAUAUCACAGCAGGAGAACUGCUUGUGUCACCCUCAAUAAGACACACACAUACACACACACACACUGACAUAUACACAGAAAACACAAGCCUUCAGCGCUUUUCAAUGCAGCUGCCUCAGAUCUGAUUGGAUCCUCUGAGUUCAGGACCUUCAGCAUGUGGACAGCUGGAAGACAGGAGGACACCGCGGUGCUCUGGAUGAAUAUUACAGUGACUGUCUAAGUAGGUGGUAAAGUAGUAGGCAAAAUAAAGAUGCUUUUAGAUAUAUAAAAAAAAAUCUCUACCAGGUGCAAUGCUACUAAAGUAAGAGUCUGGAUUAACAUCUGGUCGUUGUGUAAAGGGAGUUAAUGGUAAAUCACUAAGGCAGCAGUAGGAGCUGAAGCAAGAAACAUGCAGUUCUGGAGUUUUGGAGACAACUGAACUAUUGCACUCUAAGAAAAUACAACUGAUUUUAUAUUUUUUAAUAAUUUUGAUUUUCUUAAUACCUAAAUUAAAUGCUGACUUUAUAACGCUUGACAUUAUUGACCUGUGAGAGUUUAUCGCAAUUAGUCAGCUUGCCUCUUCACCGGCGAGGUUUUGGGAUUUUAGCCAAAUUGGUUCCAAAAUGUCAAUGGUCUUGUCAAUAAGAAACUGUAAUACACAGAUGAGCAGACUGUUCUGUGGAAGAAAUUGAAAAAUGCUUUGAUCCCACUUUUUAUCCAUUGGAGUGUGCAGUCGUAACCUUUCCUGCAUGCUGAAUUCUUGCUGUAUUUGUGCGUUUAGAGCAAAAUAGAAUCCAUCGUGCUCGCUUCAACCCUUUCAGACUGACCCCAAAAAGGGUCAGCCAGAAUGUAGCAGUAUUAUGGUUUAAGGUGCGACGUUUAGCUGUGAUGAAAGCAAGAGCUGUCGAGCCCACAACUGCACCUAAAUAUAUGGCAUUGCAGGAGGACGAACAUGUGGCUGAUGCUUUCACUUCUGUGUGAUCAGAUUUCAUUUUUCGAAAGAUGUUCAAAACAAAAGCAUAAAAAUGUACUUUUUCUUUUCCUCGUGGUGUCUGCUGCUAUGUCAUUUGUACUAUGACUGGCUCAAACCAAAAUUUUGCAGGCAGGCACUGAGUAUCGUUUCACCCAAUCAGCUCAGAAGGUUCUGCUGAUCGUCCCCUCCUUUCAGCGAACAGAUUCGAUCAGAGCAAUCCCAGAUUAAUAUUGUGUAGAACUAGAACUGAGUUCUACCCAUGAUCAGUCUGUAUUGCUAGGUGAAUGCUGGCGCAGGAUUAUGAGAAAGCUCACACACGUGGAUCUGAUCUGGGUUCUUCAAUGUCAGCACCAUUUAUGGUGAAGCUCAGGUUUUCUUCACCAGAUGUCCAACCAAUCAGGAGGAUCAAUCAGAGGAAACGCCUUAGCUCCAAU